AUGGAUUUCAAGAUCUUUAUUACUAAGCCACCACAGGAUGCUAAUUCUGAAUUGUCUAAAGGUUCUGAGGGCUACUUAAUCGGUGUUGGUCGGGCAGAUUGUACUGGUCCUAUAGCUGAAGUACCUCUUAUGGGCUACGGUAAACCUGGUCAGAACAGUGGUGGCAUCCUCUCACGACUAUAUUGCAGAACUUUCAUCCUUGCAGAGCGACAGAAUGACAGCAACCGAGUAGUGCAUGUGGUUGCUGAAAUAGGAAUGAUGUCUCAAAGAAUAAGGCUAGAGGUAAUGAAACAGUUAAAAGAUAAAUACGGAAAUCUCUACAAUCACAACAAUGUCAUAAUGACUGGAACUCAUACUCAUUCAGGGGCUGGAGGCUAUUUCCAAUACACCUUAGUCAUGAUAACUUCUGGAGGUCUUAUAAAGCCAACACUGAAUGCCAUUGUCAACGGGAUCGUUAAAAGUAUUGACAUGGCCCAUCAGAACAUGGUGCAAGGACACAUUUUUAUCGGUACAGGUUUGGUAGAGAACAGUCAGAUCAACAGAAGUCCUCUUUCUUACCUUCAGAAUCCAGUUUCUGAAAGACGCCGGUAUUCAUCAAAUGUAGACAAAGAAAUGACGCUGCUGAAAAUGGUUGCAGAUAAUGGCCAAGAGAUUGGAAUGUUUAGUUGGUUUGCCGUUCAUCCUGUCAGUAUGAACAACACCAACCUUUUAGUUAAUAGUGAUAAUGUUGGCUAUGCAGCUUAUCUCUUUGAACAAGAGAAGAAUGAAGGAUACUUUCCAGGAAAGGGCCCCUUUGUGGCAGCUUUUACUUCUUCUAACUUGGGCGAUGUGUCUCCGAAUACAAAGGGCCCACACUGCAUCAACACUGGGGAGCCCUGUGAAAACAUGGGGAAUUACUGCCUUAUAGGUGGGGCUAAGUUGUGCAUUGCUACAGGUCCUGGGACAGACAUGUUUCAGAGCACACAAAUAAUUGGGAGACACAUCUACUCAAAGGCAAAGGAAAUAUAUACGAAGGCCUCAAAAGAGAUUGAUGGUCCCAUCAGUUCAGUUCAUCGAUGGGUGGACAUGAGUAACGUCACUGUUCAGCUUAACUCUACACACACGGUUAAAACAUGUAAAGCAGCGUUGGGAUACAGCUUUGCUGCAGGUACCAUAGAUGGACCAGGAAUGUUCAAUUUUACUCAAGGCACAACUGAAGGCGACCCAUUCUGGGAUUCUAUCCGUGAUACUUUCCUUGUUCGUCCAUCCAAUGAAUCGAUAGAAUGCCACAAACCUAAGCCUAUUCUACUUCCUAUAGGAGAGCUUACCAAGCCUUACCCCUGGCAGCCCAAGAUAGUUGAUAUCCAGAUGUUUACCAUUGGAUCUACAGCCUUCGUGGGUCUUCCAGGAGAAUUUACGACAAUGUCUGGCCGAAGAGUCCGUGAAGCUGUGAAAAAAGAAUUUGAAAUUCAAGGAAAAGCAGGAAUGGAUAUUAUAAUUUCAGGAUUGAGCAAUGUUUACACCCACUACGUAACUACUUAUGAAGAAUAUCAGAUUCAACGAUAUGAAGGAGGGGCCACCAUUUUUGGACCACACACGCUUUCUGCCUAUAUACAGUUAUUUCAAGGCCUGGCCAGAGCUCUUGCUAUGAAUACCACUCAAGAUUUAACCAAUAUUCCAGAACCACCCAUCUUAAACAUAACAAGCCUGAAUUUUUUGCCCCCUAUUAUGGAUAAAAAGCCACUUGGUCAGAAGUAUGGUGAUGUUCUAAAAGAUGUUCAACCAACAUACAAAGUGGGAGAGAUUGCUGAAGUGCACUUUGUAGGAGCAAAUCCAAGGAGUUCUACAGAGUAUAUGGCCAAUUUUACUUUCCUUACGGUGGAGAAACAUGAUAACAUUUCUAAAAGCUGGCAAGUGCUGCAUGAUGAUGCCUCAUGGGAUACUCGGUUGAUCUGGAAGAAAGGCACGAUGGGCCAAAGUACAUCUACAAUAGAAUGGCACAUCCCAAAGACCAGUGAAUCAGGAAAAUACAGAAUACAAUAUUUUGGACACAACAAAGAAUUAUUUAGUUCAGUUCAGGCAUUUAAUGGGUCAUCCUCAACAUUUGAAGUUUAUAAUUGAUGAUUUCCUAUUGAAAAGCAUCAAGUUGCCCUUUCAGCUUGAAAAAAAAGGAUAAUCUCAUACCCCUCCAUUGUCCAUUAAGACUUUGCAAGUUGCUAUAGCAGAGACAGAAAAUAUACUAUCUGUUUGACUGUGUGUAGCCUGCAGUUUCCAGUACUAUCAAACUUUGGAAACUCAUUAUAUUUGCAUACUACUAAAAUUUAUUUUUGUCAGUUUUCCAACACAAACCCAUCAGAAGUGAAAGAGGCUACUAAAUUUAUGUCCUGUUCUUUUCAAAAUAGUCACUGUAUCACCACCUUGGUCAACGAUGCCCUCAAAACCAUC